AUGAUUACCCCACUAGCCAUUUCAAUCAUCUCUUUGGCUAGUUUUUACCUUUCGUGUGGGUUGUGCGAUCAAAUCUGUGUGCAAUGGCCGGAUUACGGAAUUAGGCGACAUAAUUAUUGUUUCGUUGAUUUAAAGAAGAGUUUUAACUCUCAGGUGUUUUUGUACGAAGAAGCCUUGUCGUACUGUCACGAGAAUGGCGGGAUUGUGAACAAUUCUGCAUUGACUCCUGCUGACUUUGAAGUCUUGAGUAGAGCAGAAGGGAAUGUGUCUGGAGUGAAUGCAGUACGUCGGUUUUCAGGACGUAGAUCGCGAACCAGGGAAGCGAGCUGCUCCAGAAGAUUGACAACGAGACCCGGCUGUAAAGUCGUCUGCGCCUUCGAAUCUUGUCCCGUGGGCACUUUUGGGUUUCCCGAAUGUCAGCCAUGCCUCUGUAAGAAUGCUGACCGUUGCGAUAUCAUCACCGGUCUGUGCAUGGAGACCAACUGUACGCCUGGCUUCUUUGGGCCUCCAGCCUGUCGUAAAUGCAACUGUCAGCUUGGCACUUUGUGCAAUGAAGAAACCGGGGAAUGCCCACUUGGUUGCAGGAAAGGCUGGGGCGGCAAAUCUUGCCAGGAAAGAGGAUGCCGGGAAGGAAGAUGUCCCCGACUCACUAUACCAGAUGAGACGAAUUGUACUGCUGGUUCAGACUGCACAAAACGGUCCUGCCCUCAGGGGUUUUACAACCCACCAACUUGCAACGAAACUUGCUAUUGUCUCUAUUCAGAAUUUUGCGAUGGAAUCGACGGGGACUGUGGCGGAACGCCCUGCAUAGGCCGCAGAUCUGGGCGGAGAUGUGAAGACGCCGACUGUCCCAUCAUGCAUUUCGGCGUCCCCGAUUGCUCCAAUUUUUGCUUCUGCAAGGACAAUCAGCCAUGCCAUACUCGAAAGGGGACGUGUCUUGCUGGCUGUCGCCAAGGGUGGAGCGGCGAAACCUGCAACCAACGAUUCUGUCCAGCUGGACGCUUUGGAUAUCCUGCUUGUAACCUGUUGUGCAACUGCAAGAGGCAAGACGCCUGCAAUUCCUUGUCGGGACUGUGUGAACUGCAUGGUUGCUCCGAUGGUCGUGAGCUAGUCAAGAACUGCACAAAACAGGUUCCCCGAGCCCCAGAGGGAGUCGUAUCGUCUGCUUACAGCACAUUUAGCGCAUUUGCUUUAGUCUUUGGAACUCUGGUGGUUAUAGUGGCAAUCUGUGUUCAGUCAAUGACCCACACUCCAGAUCCAAUGUACUCCAGGCGAUCUACCAUGGCGACGUCUGGAGCUCCUUCAAGUGACAGCAUGAGCACCCUCACCACGCAAAGGAAAUCGCGCGUCAGCUACAUCCAAAUGGACAACAGACAUCUAUCAGUCUCCCUUAGAGAGCCGAUCUUCACCAAUUCUAGCCACGCGACUGCCGGUUUGUCUACAAGCAACGGUCCAGCACUUUUUCCAUCCAGCUGCGUGGACACCAAACAAAUUACCACAGUUUAG